AUGGCUCCUACCAAGAAGGGAGAGAAGAAGAAGGGGCGUUCAGCCAUCAAUGAGGUGGUGACCAGAGAAUACACCGUCAACAUCCACAAGCGCAUCCAUGGAGUGUAAGUACUGUGGUGCAAACAGACAAAUUCACCAACAGAAGCCAGGUCAAUGUUGGAUCAGUGUCCUCAAAAGUAUGCACUCUUCUGUCAUCUGCACCUUAAGUAGUUUUUCAUCAGAACCAGAGGAUAUAAACUGGUUUUGUGUAGCUUUGGCAUGUGGGAGUAUUUACAUCACAGAGCAUGGCUGUUGACAAAUCUACUGUUCCUCUAAAUUGGCAGAUGUCCCUCAAGAUGUAGGCUAGUUUUUCUUAGUCCCCUGAGACUGGUAUUAAUCAGAACGUUUCUUCUCUAUACAGGAGCUUCAAGAGGAGAGCUCCUCGCGCUCUCAAGGAGAUCCGCAAGUUCGCCAUGAAGGAGAUGGGAACUCCUGAUGUACGCAUCGACACCCGCCUGAACAAGGCUGUGUGGACCAAAGGCGUCAGGUAAGGACAAAUGAGACACCUGUCAUCAGAUUAAUCGGGUGCAUUCAUUAGUGCACACCAUAGCAGAACGUUUUGCAACAGAAAACCUGGGGUUUCUAUUGGACAAGUUCAGAUAAGUUUCUCCCUGUUUCUGCUGUUUGCUUCCAUUUGGUUUCUAGUGAAUACACCCCAGUUAUAAUAUGAAUCAGGAUACAACAUUUGGAUAUACUGAUGAUAUGGUUUUACAGUACUUGUGUUUCCCAAACCCCAUUAAGUUGGUAAAACAAUCACUAAGCCCUUCAUUAGUUGAAUCGGGCGCUUUCAGCAGGAUUGAAUGUUUAGGAACGUUCAGAUAGAAAUAGGCUAUGUUGAUCAAACAUGCCUCUGACAUGUAGAAUAAGGAAUCACAUCAGCUCUGUUCAUGGCAUUUCUAUCUGCAACGUUAGAGAACGCUUGGCAACUGAACAGCUAGUGACCGUCUGGCCCAGGUGUGCUUCCUCAAGAACAAAUACGUGUUCAAAUAUCAAAUACGUGGAAUAGCUGGAGGUACUAGAAGAAAGGUUUGGGUAACUGCUCGUUAUCAACCCAUACAACCACUUAUGGUUGUUGUUGACACAAAUAGCACUACAAAUUAUGUUGCACAAGUAUGUACUAACGUUCACCUAUGUUAUUUACAGAAACGUGCCAUACAGGAUGAGACUAACGUUCACCUGUUAUUUACAGGAACGUGCCAUACAGGAUGAGACUAACGUUCACCUAUGUUAUUUACAGGAACGUGCCAUACAGGAUGAGACUAACGUUCACCUAUGUUAUUUACAGGAACGUGCCAUACAGGAUGAGACUAACGUUCAGCUAUGUUAUUUACAGGAACGUGCCAUACAGGAUGAGACUAACGUUCACCUGUGUUAUUUACAGGAAUGUGCCAUACAGGAUGAGAUUAACGUUCAGCUAUGUUAUUUACAGGAACGUGCCAUACAGGAUGAGACUAACGUUCACCUAUGUUAUUUACAGGAACGUGCCAUACAGGAUGAGACUAACGUUCACCUAUGUUAUUUACAGGAACGUGCCAUACAGGAUGAGGGUACGAUUGUCCAGGAAGCGCAAUGAGGACGAAGACUCCCCAAACAAACUGUACACACUCGUCACGUACGUCCCUGUCACAACAUACAAAGGUGAGGCAUAGUCAAUACCAAAUGUGCCUUCAUAGGUUUUUUCAGACUUGUGUUGAAACGUCAACGUUAGUCUCAAUUACUGUAUAUCCCUGUUCUGUUCUUGAUUUUUCUGAUGCCAAGUACACCAAUAUGAAAGAUUGUUUUUGUUUGAUCAUCUUUUCUGUCCUAGGAUGAUGAAGACGGGGGGUUUAUAAUUCUCAAGCUGUUGCUAAAUCCUUUUUCUUUCCUUUGUCAACAGGUCUACAGACGGUCAAUGUUGAUGAGAAUUAA